AUGGCCGAUCCUCUUAGUAUCGCGGCCUCAAUAGCCGGGCUGCUGUCUACCACGGGCCAGAUCGCCAAGUUUCUGGGCCCAUAUGUCUCUGCCGCCAAGGAGACGCCCCAGAUCACGGCCCAUGUAUAUUCAGAGGUUCAGAGCACUCAGGUCAUUCUAGCUGGGCUCCAGAACCUGACGCAGAACCUCGGCGCUGUCCAGGCGCGUCACGCUUCUUUAAUCGCAGUACACCAAGUCGUCACCAUUCUCACUGAUGGAGUCCUUCUGUUUUCAGAGCUCGAGGCCGUUGUUCGGUCGCUGCCACCUCGCGAGGGAAGUGAUCAGCGUUUGCCGCUCCGUGCUCGGCUACUAUGGGCGCGCAAAGAGAGCACAUUCACUCCGCUUCUCACGAGAGUUCAAAGUUUCAAAAGUUCCAUGUCAUUGAUACUCAUGAUCUUACAGAGUGAUUCCGAUCGGAUGGCGACUCAGCAUCAAGAACAGCUCUCCGUUAACAUCAAUGCUCUCCUCGAAAGCAACCAUUCACUUUCCCGACGACUCAUGAACCUGGAAGAUGCUUUGGACGUGCAGACAAUUGUCUCAAAACGGAUGAGCCUCAUGUCUGUCUCAGGAACUGGACCACAGUCUAGCAGCUCUGUGGAAAUACAGAGUAAUCUCACCGACACAUCAACACAACCCACUAGUCAAGGAUCUGAUCUGGACUUGUCCAAGUUUGACUUUGAGGAUGACCUCGAGUCAUCGCGCGUCUAUCGCCGAGCGCAACGAGACACCAUGGACUUUUCGUUUCGCAGUUCAAUCGCACCAUCCAACAUCUGGUCUGUCUUCUCUGGUCUCAGCCUGGGCGAUAUCUCCAUCAUAUCCGUCAUUGCACUCCCAGUAUAUCAGGAAGAUAUCACCAACGCCGAGAACUACGACUUUGGCGCCGGUGUCCAGGUUCCAACUGUCAUGCCGCAAGCCAAGAAGGCAGAGCGAGGCCUCCUACACGAAUGCAUCGAGAUCAAGUUGAAAAUGCUCCAGCUUCCCGAAAUGAACGAGUAUUUUGAGCAAGAUCCCAGUUCUAAUAUCGCAUUCUAUGAGCUCUGGGGCGUCUUUUCCAAAGGAAUGCCCCUCUUAAAGCUCGUGCAAGCCUUGGAUCCGCAGAUCGACAUUGUCGUGGAUCCGAGAAUGCGUUCCCCUGGAGGACGAGGUGCCGCCCAAGACGCCAUUUUCCAAUUUCUUGAAUACUGCCGUAAUGAUUUGAAACUCAGUGUUGAAAAUCUGUUUACAAUCUCUGACUUGAUGGGGGCCGAUGCUUACGGGUUUUCAAAGGUCAUCACCGUGGUUUCGUUCAUUAUUGAGAGACUCACAGUCGACGGUGUUUUGAGUGCUGUUGAUGCCCAGUUGGAGGAGCUUGUCCUGACCAGACUCAAUGGUCAUCCAGCCUUGGAGCAGUUGCGCCUCUUGCUUGAGGAAUUCUUAACCGACCAGAUGGAGCAGAAUUUGUUUCUACCGUUUUCCGAGCAGAGGUGGACAGAGGUGUUCCAAUUCUAUCUCGACUAUAUAUCCGAGGAGAGCGAAUUUGUUGCGAAUGAACAGAAGGCCAGGGCCAAGAUCAGAUCAUACAUUGGCCAAGAGAACCAUUCUGCCGGGAAUGCACUGAGCAUCCCGCUAACAAGAUGUUUGAGGAUAUUACCACUUCCAGCUCAACGUCUCCCUAAAUAUAGUGCAUUUCUCAAGGACUUGAGCAGGAUAGGGAGCAUGUCGAUCUCCCAGGGGCCAGAUCUAAAAUUGGCAAGAGCAAACCUUAGACAAGCGAUGAGCAUCGUCAAUGAUAGGGUCAGAUCUGAAGAAACUAGCGAGGCGUUUACAGAACUGAAGCAUCGUGUUGAGGACUGGAGAGGUCACAACCCUACGCAAUUUGGCACGUUGCUGUUGUAUGACUCCGUAAUCAUUACGAAGGACAAAGUCAGAAGACCUUACCGUGCAUACCUCUUCAGGAACAUACUCCUGAUAUGCAAGGAGCUAGAGCUCCAGCGAAAACAGAGGAGCUUUCAAUUCUGGAAAAGCAGACGACUGCAGGGCGACAAGCAGACAAAACUACAACUCAAAGGGCGUAUAUUUCUCAACAACAUUGACUCUGUCAUCAUCCGCCCAGGCUCCGGGUCUUACACAUGUGACGUCAUGUGGUUUGCAGCAAACGAGGAAGAAAGGCAGUGCUUUUCGUUCGAGUUUGCUGCCGAGGCUCAGAUGAAUCUCUGGGUAUCAAAGCUCAACGAAGCCAGAGCCAGGUUUGAUGCUGCUCACCCCAUGACGAUGGAAGCGGCCGGCCUGGCUCUCGGUGUCGUGGCUCUUGGGCUGCAGUUGGCGACGACAUUGCAGACCUACGUUGAGGGCGUUGUGGGCGCUGAAUACCGCCUGCGGGAGCUAUCGUUCGAUGUCGCUUCCACAGCCUCGACCCUCAAACAGCUCGAGGACAUCCUCGAUGCAGACGAAGCCGUAACUGAAAACACACUCUCUGAUUCAACUGCCACUCGCACCGCGAUCUUUACAGACCAGGGCCGUCGCGACAUCCACUCGCUAUCGCGUCGUUGCGAAAAGGUUUAUCAGGGAAUCGUUAGCGUUAUUGUUAGUGCCUCGGUGUCCCCAUCGGCAAAGAGCAAGGCGAUCGCCGCAAAUGUCGGACUUAGCGGCUUGACAGUCACCCGGUUGAUGCAGUUUAGCCGGGAUCUCAAGUGGCCAUGGGUCGAUCGGAAAGUCAAGGCCUGUCAGGAUGAGCUACGAUGGUUAAAGAUGGAUCUACUGCUGCAUCUGCAGGUUGCCACUGUCGCCAAGGUUCAUCUAACAGGAUCUUCAAAAUUGGUCGCAAACGCGGAUGACGACGAGUCAACUCUUGAAGCCGUAGCCGAACGUCUGAUUGCCCGCAGGGCCAUGUACCGAAAGACUGUCCUAGAAGGGCGUAGACAGAGGAAAAGCCCAGCUUAUGUGGCAAGCGAUGAAACGACAAGAGCGGUCGCUUUACCAGGGCAGGCGGGAGUGUCAUCGAAGCUGGCCAGCUUCCUGAGUAGUCUUGCUGGCUUUGGAAGUUCAUCCCGACCCGAAGAGGAUUCAGACCAACCCAGCCUCUACAUCUGGAAGAUGAAAUGGAUGCUGACAAAGACUUGA